CUCUUUGUUGCAGCUUUGGAGACGGGAUCUCGCCUACUGCGGUGAAUCUGAGCAGCGACGUGGAGUCGCCGACCGCUCGCCUCCAUUCGUUCUUCUCUUCGGUUCUGUCGAGCCAAGAAAGUGGAGGAGGAGAGCAAACCAUGGCAUUGAUGCAUUAUGUCGUAGUUCCUCAGCAUCAGAGAGGUGAUGGCCCUAUUCCCACUGUCAAACAGAAAGCAGCAGCUGGAGGAGACGGAAAGAACCGUCGAGCACUAGGAGACAUUGGAAAUCCUGUCAUGGUCCGGGGUGUUGAGGGGAAAGCACAGCCUCCGAUCUCUCGCCCUGUGACCAGGUGGACUGCAGCUCUACGUUCUUUAAACUACUUCAAAAGAAUUGCUUUAAGUGGUCUAAAACAUUCAAUACAUUCUUUUCUUUCUAGAAGUUCUGGUGCUCACCUUCCGGCGAAUGCAAAAUUAGCCACUAUAGCCACGGCUGAUAAGAAUCCAGUGGUUGUAGCUGUUGAUGUAGCAGUGGGAAAGGGCAGUGCCGUCGAGCCUGAGGAAAUUAUCGGAAUGAGUCCCGACAUAAAUGAACCAAAAGAUCAGGUUCACGAUAUUGAUGCUUUGGAUGCCAAUGAUCAGUUAGCUGUCGUGGAUUAUGUUGAAGAUAUCUACAAGUUUUACAAACUUGCUGAGAAUUCUAACCGACCCAAUGACUACAUGGGGUCCCAAGUUGAGAUCAAUGAAGAGAAAAGAGCUAUUCUGGCUGAAUGGCUGAUUGAGGUACACCAUAAGUUUGGGCUGAUGCCUGAGAUCCUGUAUCUCACAUUUUACAUAUUUGAUCGGUAUCUUUCCAUGGAAACAGUCCGGAGGAGGGAGUUGCCUCUUGUGGGUGUGAGUGCCAUGCUGAUUGCCUGCAAGUACGAGGAUAUACGGGCUGCAGAGGUCAGCAACUUCAUAUGCUUAUUGGACAGCGCAUAUAGCAGAGAGCAGAUAUUGAGCAAGGAGAAAGAAAUCCUGAGCAAACUUGAAUGGAACUUAACUGUUCCCACUCCCUACAUGUUCCUCAUGCGUUUUCUGAAAGCAGCCAUGGCCGAUAAAGAGAUGGAGCACAUGGCCUUCUUCUUUGCUGAGCUGGGUUUGAUGCAUUACUCAAUGAUCAUGUACUGCCCAUCCUUGAUAGCUGCUUCUGCUGUCUAUGCGGCGCGAUGCACACUCAAGAAGACUCCCUUCUGGAGUGAAACACUCAAGCAUAACACAGGCUUCUCAGAGCUGCAGUUGCUGGAUUGUGCACAGCAUCUAGUGAGCUUUCAUUCCAAAGCAGCAGAGACUGAACUGAAAGUGGUGUUUAGCAAGUACUCAAGCCCUCAGUGUGGUGCCGUUGCCUUGCAUCCUCCUGCUACUAAACUGAUUGAUGAGCUGAAGGCAGCUUUGAUACAUGACUGGGUCGUUCAACAACUGGGUCGGGUUGGAUUUAAGUUCUGACUUAAUGUUUUCAUUUUUAUUUCAUUCUGAAUUUUGCACAAAGAUUGUAAAGGGACGUGAAGAGAAAAGGGGCAUGGGCUGAAGUUAGAUCAUCUUAUUGAUGAUGGCAUCUGUUGUUAUGUGCCUUUGGGUCCCUACUCUUUCUUUGUACCAAUGACAGCGGGCUGAUAUCUCUAAUCUUAUGAAUGAACUGAUGCAUUGCAGCUGUCUUGUAAUAUAUCAUGUUUUCUAGUAGU